GUAGCGGUAAACCCCCCGAAUCAGAAAAUGUCUCGGUGGUAGGUGUGUGUGCCAUCUCCUGUGACUCUAAAUCAAGUCACAUAUUUGUGUCUAUAGGGAUUCAGCAAGCUUUAUAUAGCUAGUUACAGGCUCACCAUACCAACUCACCGUAUCAACUCAUUAACGGGCCAGCAUGCACCAUGUAUCAUGCACGCGAUACGUGCUUAUUAAUUGCAAGGUACGCAUCGAAAAUGUUCAUCCUGAACAGGCAUUCUUACCCAUAACCUCUCAUUUGACACUCUACCGACAUAAUUUCCCAUGAUAAACUUGCACGGAUUUGCAGAUCUCCCGAGUGAUAUUAUCUCCCAGGUCUUCCGCUACCUCCCGGUGGACCUCAUCCGGCCGUUCCUCGAUGUGCCCUGCACUCACGAUGAGGCUCACUACCGGCUCUUCUCCGACGUCAUGGUGAACCCGUACCGAGCAGACACCACCAACAUGAGCUGUUCUCUUUCGUUUCCUACAUUCUGGGGUCUUUUAGAAGACACCCACUUUGGUAACCUCGAACUCAUCAUCGAACACAUUGAAGAAUUCACGCGCACGGUGGAACGCCUCGAGCUUAUCAACAAGCACGUAGCAAACCUCAGCCUCUAUAUUGAAGUCCACCUAUCUGAUUUCAAUAAACUCGCACACACGUUCCAGCACUUUUCCAAUUUGACAAAGUUAUCGCUAAAGCUCAACAAUGGGGCCGAAAGAGGAACGAUAGACCUUGCCAGGCUUGUUCUUCCGCCCAGUCUCACCCUCUUGGACCUCAGUUCCAAUAGCCAAUCUGUGGAUAGCUUCCAAGGGCUCUUUAUCCCCGAAACGUUACAAAAAUUGAACCUCAGCCAGAACUCCAUCUCUAUGGCGGCCAGUCUUUGCAAUUUCCCACCCACGUUGAGAGUUCUUGACUUGUCAGAAAACAAUAUCCAGGACUUGCGCAUACUAAAGUUGCCAGAAAACCUCGAGAACCUCAACUUGUUCAAUAAUCGAGUAGCGGAGAUUCCAGCCAAUUUUCGCUUUCCUAGGGGCCUUCAGCACUUAAAUUUGUCUCGUAACAAACUCACACGGCUAGCGGGCGAGCUCAAGGAUCUUUGCAAUCUCCAGGACUUGCGUCUUGUCACGCAAAACACUGGAGGUGCUUCUCUCAACAUCGACGACUUGGAAUUGCCCGCGAACCUCGAGAAACUUGCCUUCUGCAAUGAGGAAGAGGAUAUUGGCAUUUUCAGCAAGCUCCCUAGGCAGCUCAAGCACUUGUAUCUCAGUUUCAAUCCCUUCAGGCGGCUUCCUAAGAACUUGACGGACUUUACACGUUUGGAGACGUUGAGUCUUGGAUUCACCGAGUUAUAUGACAUAGACAGCGUCAAGUUUCCGGCGUCGUUGAAAGAGUUGAAUCUCACGCUGAACCUGAUUAUCCGCGUUCCGCGGCAUCUUAGCGAAUUGCCCAACUUGCGGGAGCUAAACUUGAGCAAAAACUCCAUCUUUUCCAUCAGCAACUGCAAGUUCGGUGAGAAGUUGAGUACGCUUUUGUUGGAUGGGAACCAAAUUACCCGACUCCCGAAAGUGCUUAGAAAUAACGCCAAUUUGCGAAGUUUAAACGUUUCUGGUAAUCCGUUGGCAGCCCACGAGUUGUUUGACCGUUUGCCGUCGAGACUAGAGACCCUUGAUGCCUCUGGGGUGGAAUUUAGUAGUGAAAUCCGGUUUCCGGAGCGUUUAAAGUCGUUGACGCUUAGGAACUGUGGUAUUCACAGUCUUGUUGAUGUGCAUCUGCCCCAAUUUAUUGAAUACUUGGACGUUUCCCAAAAUCUCAUCAGCGAGAUUCCGGCGCAGAUGACAUUACCGCGGACACUCAAGACGUUGAUCAUGAAGCAGAACCAGUUUGCCCUUGAAACAAAGGAUGAAAUUCUUGAUAGGUUUGCUGAUAUUUCCAUUAGCCUCGAUAACGAGGUGAUGGGCCAGGGGAAUAUUGAAGGUAUGACCGAGUCCUACGAGGAGGGCGUGAGAGAUGAUGAGCUGUUCACCGAGGAUAUUGUCGAAGAAUUGUGAUGGAGUGGUGUUAUUACUCUAGUUUAGUCGAGACCUCCAAGCUUAAGUGUGAUUCGUAUUGUAUAUGAGAGGUCUGCUAGCUUAUUCCUGGUAUGCAAUAAGGGGAAAUUACCAAGUAGUUAGAGAUAUAGGUGGGUAUAUAUUACAUAGCUGGCUAACACCUUCCCUUCCAAACCUAUUAAAAGCUUGAGUUCUCGUUUAAAUCACAAAAGCGGCCUCUUAAGAUGAGAAGAGUGACAACAAAAGGUAUAUCCAUGAGGUGUGCAAUGUCAGAACCAUGGCAUGCAAUUUAGAGUUCAAACGUUGGCAAACAACUGAAAUAGAAAAGAAGUCAAAUCUCCAGAGAUCAGAAGUGGUAAUACACAUAUGAUCGUUAUAUAACGAAGGCCUCGAGAAACA